UCAGCCAAUGGGGCCUCGCGGCCGGCUGGCGGGGCUCGCCAUUGGGGGACCGGGAUGCGAGCGAGUGGAGCGCCGGGGGAGGAAGCGGAGGUGCAGGUCGGAGAGGCCGGGCUAGCCGAUCCCAUUGCGGGAGCAGCUGCAGCGGCUAGGCAGCAUCCAGCGGCGUGCCAGGCGGCCCAGCCCGUUGCUUUUACUUUUUUGCUGCACCGACGUAGUCAUUAUGCCGAAGAGAAAGUCUCCAGAGAACACAGAGGGCAAAGAUGGAACCAAACUCACUAAACAGGAGCCCACAAGACGGUCAGCCAGAUUGUCAGCGAAGCCUGUUCCGCCAAAACCCGAGCCUAAACCAAGAAAAACAUCUGCUAAGGAACCCGGAGCAAAGAUUAGCAGAGGUGCCAAGGGGAAGAAGGAGGAAAAGCAGGAAGCUGGAACGGAAGGUACAGCACCAUCUGCAAAUGGUGACACUAAGGCUGAAGAGAUCCACAUCUCUCGUUCCACUGUUAAUGUGUCAGCCUGCAGAAGUCCCCCACCCAGCACACUGUCAGUAAAGGGGCAGAUUGAAACAGCACAGAGAACUGAAUCUAUAGAUACCGAGGGAGAAUGAAUUGUUGUGGAAAACGGGGCUUGAUUUCACGGACCUCUUGGGACAACUUUUAAAAGCUAUUUUUACCAAGUGUUUUGUAAAUGCUAAUUUUUUAGGACUCUAUUAGUUGGCAUAAAAUAUAUAUAAAGAUGGACAUUUUAUCCUCUUAUGGUGGUGUUUUUUGAAAAUUUCCAUCAUCUUCAAGUAAAAUAAAUAACCAAUUUAAUAUCGGAAGCUGUGUGUAAAAUGGAUUCAGCAUUCCAUGCCCUGGCUUUAAAAAUUUAGUCCUGUGCAUACUGUGGUGUUUUUACUGUGCAUAUUUGAAUUUUUCAUGCAGUUUUUCUAGAGCAAUAAUCAGUGGUGCUUUUGUGCCUAGGUUUUAUGUGAUUUUAAUGAAAUAUGGAUAGUUGUGGAUACCUGCUGACUAUUUGUGGUUUAAAAUAAAAAGGUUUUCUUGUCUGCAAAAUA